AUUGUAACUACUGUCUUACAGAUUGACUUGAUGCAAAACAUCACAAAGGCUCCAUAUUAUACAGUAUGCGAUUUUUGAGAACUGAUAGUGCAUCAGCCGACCCAGAUAAUUUAAAAUAUUCUUCAUCCAGAGAUAGGGGUGGUUCUACCUCUUAUGGACUGCAAUCUUCGAAUUCAACUGUGGUGUCUCGCCAAAGGCACGAUGAUACCAGAGUCCACGCUGACAUACAGAAUGACGAAAAGGGUGGCUACAGUGUCAAUGGAGGAUCUGGGGAAAAUACUUAUGGUCGGAAGUCGUUGGGGCAAGAGCUGAGGGUUAAUAAUGUGACCAGCCCUGAGUUCACCAGUGUUCAGCAUGGCAGUCGUGCAUUAGCCACCAAAGACAUGAGGAAAUCACAGGAGCGAUCGAUGUCUUAUUCUGAUGAGUCUCGACUGUCGAAUCUUCUUCGGAGGAUCACCCGGGAAGAUGACAGAGACCGAAGACUGGCUACUGUAAAGCAGUUGAAAGAAUUUAUUCAGCAACCAGAAAAUAAGCUGGUACUAGUAAAACAGUUGGAUAAUAUCUUGGCAGCUGUUCAUGAUGUGCUUAAUGAAAGUAGCAAAUUGCUUCAGGAGUUGAGACAGGAAGGAGCUUGCUGUCUUGGCCUUCUUUGUGCUUCUCUGAGCUAUGAGGCUGAGAAGAUCUUCAAGUGGAUUUUUAGCAAAUUUAGCUCAUCUGCAAAAGAUGAAGUUAAACUCCUCUACUUAUGUGCCACCUACAAAGCACUAGAGACUGUAGGAGAGAAGAAAGCCUUUUCAUCUGUAAUGCAGCUUGUAAUGACCAGCCUGCAGUCCAUUCUUGAAAAUGUGGAUACACCAGAAUUACUUUGCAAAUGUGUUAAGUGCAUUCUUUUGGUGGCUCGAUGUUACCCUCAUAUUUUCAGCACUAAUUUUAGGGAUACAGUUGAUAUAUUAGUUGGAUGGCAUAUAGAUCAUACUCAGAAACCUUCACUCACACAGCAGGUGUCUGGGUGGUUGCAGAGUUUGGAGCCAUUUUGGGUAGCUGAUCUUGCAUUUUCUACCACUCUUCUUGGUCAGUUUCUGGAAGACAUGGAGGCAUAUGCCGAGGACCUCAGCCAUGUGGCCUCUGGGGAAUCAGUGGAUGAAGAUGUUCCUCCUCCAUCAGUGUCAUUACCAAAGCUGGCAGCACUUCUCCGGGUAUUUAGCACUGUGGUGAGGAGCAUCGGGGAACGCUUCAGCCCAAUUCGGGGGCCUCCAAUCACUGAAGCAUAUGUAACAGAUGUUCUGUACAGAGUAAUGAGAUGUGUGACGGCUGCAAACCAAGUGUUUUUUUCUGAGGCUGUGUUGACAGCUGCUAAUGAGUGUGUUGGUGUUUUGCUCGGCAGCUUGGAUCCUAGCAUGACUAUACAUUGUGACAUGGUCAUUACAUAUGGAUUAGACCAACUGGAGAACUGCCAGACUUGUGGUACCGAUUAUAUCAUCUCAGUCUUGAAUUUACUCACAUUGAUUGUUGAACAGAUAAAUACCAAACUACCAUCAUCAUUUGUAGAAAAACUGUUUAUACCGUCAUCUAAAUUGCUAUUUUUGCGUUAUCAUAAAGAGAAAGAGGUUGUUGCUGUAGCCCAUGCUGUUUACCAAGCAGUGCUCAGCUUGAAGAAUAUUCCUGUUUUGGAGACUGCUUAUAAGUUAAUUUUGGGUGAAAUGACUUGUGCCCUAAAUAAUCUGCUACAUAGCCUACAACUUCCUGAUGCUUGUUCUGAAAUAAAACAUGAGGCUUUUAAGAAUCAUGUGUUCAAUGUGGACAAUGCAAAAUUCAUAGUUAUAUUUGAUCUCAGUGCUCUGACUACAAUUGGAAAUGCCAAAAAUUCACUAAUUGGGAUGUGGGCACUAUCUCCAACUGUCUUCGCACUUUUGAGUAAGAAUCUGAUGAUUGUGCAUGGUGACCUGGCUGUUCACUUCCCUGCCAUUCAGUAUGCUGUGCUCUACACGUUGUACUCUCAUUGUACCAGGCAUGAUCACUUUAUAUCUAGUAGUCUUAGUUCUUCAUCCCCUUCUUUGUUUGAUGGAGCUGUGAUUAGUACAGUAACUACAGCUACAAAGAAACAUUUUUCAAUUAUAUUAAAUCUUCUGGGAAUAUUGCUUAAGAAAGAUAACCUUAACCAGGAUACGAGGAAACUGUUAAUGACUUGGGCUCUGGAAGUAGCUGUGUUAAUGAAGAAGUCUGAAACAUAUGCACCUUUAUUCUCUCUUCCAUCUUUUCAUAAAUUUUGCAAAGGCCUUUUAGCCAACACCCUCGUUGAAGAUGUGAAUAUCUGUCUGCAAGCGUGCAGCAGUCUACAUGCUUUGUCCUCUUCCUUGCCAGAUGACCUUUUACAGAGGUGUGUUGAUGUUUGCCGUGUUCAACUUGUCCAUAGUGGAACUCGUAUUCGUCAAGCGUUUGGAAAGCUGUUGAAAUCAAUUCCUUUGGAUGUUGUCCUAAGCAAUAACAAUCACACAGAAAUUCAAGAAAUUUCCUUAGCAUUAAGAAGUCAUAUGAGUAAAGCACCAAGUAAUACAUUCCACCCACAAGAUUUCUCUGAUGUUAUUAGUUUUAUUUUAUAUGGGAACUCUCACAGAACAGGGAAGGACAAUUGGUUAGAAAGAUUGUUCUAUAGCUGCCAGAGACUGGAUAAGCGUGACCAAUCAACAAUUCCCCGCAAUCUUCUAAAGACAGAUGCCGUCCUUUGGCAAUGGGCUAUCUGGGAAGCAGCACAAUUCACUGUCCUUUCUAAGUUGAGAACCCCACUGGGCAGAGCUCAAGAUACCUUCCAGACAAUUGAAGGUAUCAUUAGAAGUCUUGCAGCUCACACAUUAAAUCCUGAUCAAGACGUUAGUCAGUGGACAACUGCAGAUAAUGACGAAGGCCACGGUAGCAACCAGCUUAGGCUUGUUCUUCUUCUGCAGUAUCUGGAAAACUUGGAGAAAUUAAUGUAUAAUGCAUAUGAGGGAUGUGCUAAUGCAUUAACGUCGCCUCCUAAGGUCAUAAGGACUUUUUUCUAUACCAAUCGCCAAACUUGCCAAGACUGGCUGACUCGGAUCCGACUGUCUAUCAUGAGAGUUGGGUUGUUGGCAGGUCAGCCUGCUGUGACAGUGAGGCAUGGCUUUGACUUGCUUACAGAAGUGAAGACAAAUCUCUCUCAGGGAAAUGAAUUGGAAGUAACGAUUAUGAUGGUAGUAGAAGCACUAUGUGAACUUCAUUGUCCUGAAGCUAUCCAGGGAAUUGCUGUCUGGUCAUCAUCUGUCGUUGGGAAAAAUCUUCUCUGGAUUAACUCAGUGGCCCAACAGGCUGAAGGAAGGUUUGAAAAGGCCUCUGUGGAGUACCAGGAGCAUCUGUGUGCCAUGACAGGUGUUGAUUGCUGCAUCUCCAGCUUUGACAAAUCUGUCCUCACAUUAGCCAAUUCUGGACGUAACAGUGCCAGUCCCAAACAUUCUGUGAAUGGUGAAUCCAGAAAAACUGUGUUGUCUAAGCCAACUGACUCUUCCCCUGAAGUUAUAAAUUACUUAGGAAAUAAAACCUGUGAGUGCUACAUUUCGAUUGCUGAUUGGGCGGCUGUACAGGAAUGGCAGAAUGCUAUCCACGACUUGAAAAAGAGUACCAGUAGUACUUCCCUCAACCUAAAAGCUGACUUCAAUUACAUCAAAUCCCUAAGCAGUUUUGAGUCUGGAGAAUUUGUUGAAUGUACUGAGCAAUUGGAAUUGUUACCAGGAGAAAAUAUCAAUCUACUUGCCGGAGGAUCAAAAGAAAAAAUAGAUAUGAAAAAACUGCUUCCUAAUAUGUUAAGUCCAGAUCCCAGGGAACUUCAGAAAUCCAUUGAAGUCCAGUUGUUGAGAAGUUCUGUGUGCUUGGCAACAGCUUUAAACCAUAUAGAACAAGAUCAAAAGUGGCAGUCUAUAACUGAAAAUGUAGUAAAAUAUUUGAAGCAAACCUCUCGCAUAGCUAUUGGACCACUGAGACUUUCUACUUUAACAGUUUCACAGUCUUUGCCAGUUCUCAGUACCUUACAGCUGUAUUGCUCAUCUGCUUUGGAGAACACCAUUUCUAACAGGCUUUCAACAGAGGACUGUCUCAUCCCACUCUUCAGUGAAGCUUUGCGUUCCUGUAAACAGCAUGACGUGAGGCCAUGGAUGCAGGCUUUAAGAUAUACCAUGUACCAGAAUCAGUUGUUGGAGAAGAUUAAAGAACAAACAGUCCCAAUUAGAAGCCACCUCAUGGAAUUAGGUCUAACAGCAGCUAAAUUUGCUAGAAAACGUGGGAAUGUGUCACUUGCAACCAGACUGCUGGCACAGUGCAGUGAAGUUCAGCUGGGAAAAACCACCACUGCACAGGACCUAGUCCAGCACUUUAAGAAACUGUCAACUCAGGGUCAAGUGGAUGAGAAAUGGGGACCAGAACUUGAUAUUGAAAAAACCAAACUGCUGUAUACAGCAGGCCAGUCAACACAUGCAAUGGAAAUGUUGAGCUCUUGUGCCAUUUCUUUUUGCAAGUCUGCAAAAGCUGAAUAUGCAGUUGCAAAGUCAAUUCUGACACUGGCUAAAUGGAUCCAGGCAGAAUGGAAAGAGAUUUCAGGACAGCUGAAACAGGUUUAUAGAGCUCAGCAGCAACAGAACUUCACAGGUCUUUCUACUUUAUCUAAAAAUAUACUCACUUUAAUAGAACUGCCAUCUGUUAAUACAAUGGAAGAAGAGUAUCCUCGGAUUGAGAGUGAAUCUACUGUACACAUUGGAGUUGGAGAACCUGACUUCAUUUUGGGACAGUUGUAUCACCUCUCUUCAGUACAGGCACCUGAAGUAGCCAAAUCUUGGGCAGCAUUGGCUAGUUGGGCUUAUAGGUGGGGCAGAAAGGUGGUUGACAAUGCCAGUCAGGGAGAAGGUGUUCGUCUGUUGCCUAGAGAAAAAUCUGAAGUUCAAAAUCUGCUUCCAGACACUAUAAGUGAAGAAGAGAAAGAGAGAAUAUAUGGUAUUCUUGGACAGGCUGAUGAAGAUAUAACACUUCAGAUAACAGAGAAUGAAGAUAAUGAAGAAGAUGACAUGGUUGAUGUUAUCUGGCGUCAGUUAAUAUCAAGCUGCCCGUGGCUUUCAGAACUUGAUGAAAGUGCAACUGAAGGAGUUAUUAAAGUAUGGAGGAAAGUUGUAGAUAGAAUCUUCAGCUUGUACAAACUGUCAUGCAGCGCAUAUUUUACUUUCCUUAAACUCAACGCAGGUCAAAUUCCUUUAGAUGAGGAUGACCCUAGGCUACAUUUAAGUCAUAGAGCAGAACAGAGCACCGAUGACAUGAUUGUGAUGGCUACCUUGCGACUGCUCAGAUUGCUUGUGAAACAUGCCGGUGAGCUUCGGCAGUAUCUGGAACAUGGUUUGGAAACAACACCUACAGCUCCAUGGAGAGGAAUUAUUCCACAGCUCUUCUCACGCUUAAACCACCCUGAAGUAUAUGUGCGCCAGAGUAUUUGUAACCUCCUCUGCCGUGUGGCUCAAGAUUCUCCGCAUCUCAUCCUGUAUCCUGCAAUAGUGGGUACCAUAUCACUUAGUAGUGAAUCCCAGGCUUCAGGAAAUAAAUUUUCCUCUGCAAUUCCAACUUUACUUGGCAAUAUUCAAGGCGAAGAAUUGCUGGUCUCUGAAUGUGAGGGAGGAAGUCCUACCGCUUCUCAGGAUAGCAAUAAGGAUGAACCUAAAAGUGGAUUAAAUGAAGACCAAGCCAUGAUGCAGGAUUGUUACAGCAAAAUUGUAGAUAAGUUGUCCUCUGCAAACCCAACUAUGGUAUUACAGGUUCAGAUGCUGGUGGCGGAGCUGCGCAGGGUCACUGUGCUCUGGGAUGAGCUGUGGCUGGGAGUUCUGCUACAGCAGCACAUGUAUGUUCUGAGACGGAUUCAGCAGCUUGAAGAUGAAGUGAAGAGAGUUCAGAACAACAACACCUUACGCAAAGAAGAGAAAAUUGCAAUCAUGCGGGAAAAACACACGGCGCUGAUGAAGCCCAUCGUGUUUGCUUUGGAACAUGUAAGGAGUAUCACAGCAGCCCCUGCAGAAACGCCUCACGAGAAGUGGUUUCAGGAUAAUUAUGGUGAUGCGAUUGAAAAUGCUCUAGAAAAACUGAAGACCCCAUCAAACCCUGCAAAGCCUGGAAGCAGUUGGAUUCCAUUUAAAGAGAUAAUGCUGAGUUUGCAACAGAGAGCACAGAAACGUGCAAGCUAUAUCUUGCGUCUUGAAGAAAUCAGUCCGUGGUUGGCUGCCAUGACCAACACUGAAAUUGCUCUUCCUGGGGAAGUCUCAGCCAGAGACACUGUCACAAUCCACAGUGUGGGUGGAACCAUCACAAUCUUACCGACUAAAACCAAGCCAAAGAAACUUCUCUUCCUAGGAUCAGAUGGGAAGAGCUAUCCUUACCUUUUCAAAGGACUGGAGGAUUUACAUCUGGAUGAGAGAAUAAUGCAGUUCCUAUCUAUUGUGAAUACCAUGUUUGCUACAAUUAAUCGCCAGGAAACACCCCGUUUCCAUGCUCGGCACUAUUCUGUGACACCACUAGGAACACGAUCAGGACUAAUCCAGUGGGUAGAUGGAGCCACACCCUUGUUUGGUCUUUACAAACGAUGGCAACAACGGGAAGCUGCCUUACAGGCACAGAAGGCGCAAGAUUCCUACCAGACUCCUCAGAAUCCUGGAAUUGUGCCCCGUCCUAGCGAGCUUUAUUAUAGUAAAAUUGGCCCUGCUUUGAAAACAGUUGGGCUUAGCCUGGAUGUGUCCCGCCGGGACUGGCCUCUUCAUGUAAUGAAGGCAGUGUUAGAAGAAUUGAUGGAGGCCACACCCCCAAAUCUCCUUGCUAAAGAGCUGUGGUCAUCUUGUACAACACCUGAUGAGUGGUGGAGAGUUACACAGUCUUAUGCCAGAUCUACUGCAGUCAUGUCUAUGGUUGGAUACAUAAUUGGCCUUGGAGAUAGACAUCUGGAUAAUGUUCUCAUAGAUAUGACGACCGGAGAAGUUGUUCACAUAGAUUACAAUGUUUGCUUUGAAAAAGGUAAAAGCCUUAGAGUUCCUGAGAAAGUACCUUUUCGAAUGACACAAAACAUUGAAACAGCAUUGGGUGUAACUGGAGUAGAAGGUGUUUUUAGGCUUUGCGGUGAGCAGGUUCUGCAUAUCAUGCGACGUGGCAGAGAGACUCUGUUGACAUUGCUGGAGGCCUUUGUGUAUGACCCCCUGGUGGACUGGACAGCUGGAGGCGAGGCAGGGUUUGCUGGUGCUGUCUAUGGUGGAGGUGGCCAGCAGGCUGAGAGCAAGCAGAGCAAGAGAGAAAUGGAGCGAGAGAUUACUCGUAGCCUCUUUUCUUCCAGAGUAGCUGAAAUUAAGGUGAACUGGUUUAAGAACAGGGAUGAGAUGCUGGUUGUGCUUCCCAAGCUGGAUACCAGCUUAGAUGAAUACUUGAGUUUGCAAGAGCAACUGACAGAUGUGGAAAAACUUCAAGGCAAACUGCUGGAGGAGAUAGAAUUUCUAGAAGGAGCAGAAGGAGUGGAUCAUCCUUCUCAUACUCUGCAACAUAGGUAUUCUGAACAUACUCAACUACAGACUCAGCAGAGAGCUGUUCAAGAAGCAAUCCAGGUGAAGCUGAAUGAAUUUGAACAGUGGAUAACACAUUACCAGGCUGCAUUCAAUAACUUAGAAGCAACACAGCUUGCAAGUUUGCUUCAGGAGAUAAGCACACAAAUGGACCUUGGUCCCCCAAGCUAUGUGCCAGCGACAGCCUUUCUGCAGAAUGCUGGCCAGGCCCACUUGAUUAGCCAGUGCGAGCAGCUGGAGGGGGAGGUUGGUGCUCUUCUGCAGCAGAGGCGCUCUGUGCUGCGUGGCUGCCUGGAGCAGCUGCAUCACUACGCAACUGUAGCUCUGCAGUAUCCAAAGGCCAUAUUUCAGAAACAUCGGAUUGAGCAGUGGAAGACCUGGAUGGAAGAGCUCAUUUGUAACACCACAGUAGAGCGCUGUCAGGAACUCUACAGGAAAUAUGAAAUGCAGUAUGCUCCCCAGCCACCACCAACAGUGUGUCAGUUCAUCACAGCCACUGAGAUGACUCUGCAGCGGUAUGCAGCUGACAUAAACAGCAGACUUAUUAGACAAGUGGAACGUUUGAAACAAGAAGCCGUCACUGUGCCAGUUUGUGAAGAUCAGUUGAAAGAAAUUGAACGUUGCAUUAAAGUUUUUCUUCAUGAGAAUGGAGAUGAAGGAUCUUUGAGUCUAGCAAGUGUCAUUAUUUCUGCCCUUUGUACUCUUACCAGGAGGAACCUAAUGAUGGAAGGUGCAGCUUCAAGUGCUGGGGAGCAGCUAGUUGAUCUGACUUCUCGAGAUGGAGCCUGGUUCUUGGAGGAGCUCUGCAGUAUGAGUGGAAAUGUCACCUGCUUGGUCCAGUUACUGAAGCAGUGCCACCUGGUACCACAGGACUUAGACAUUCCAAACCCUGUGGAGGCAUCAGAAGCAGUUCACUUAGCCAAUGGAGUCUACACCUCACUUCAAGAAUUGAAUUCGAAUUUCCGGCAAAUUAUCUUUCCUGAAGCACUUAGAUGUUUAAUGAAGGGGGAAUACACACUAGAAAGUAUGCUUCAGGAGCUGGACACUCUUAUCGAGCAGACAACUGAUGGUGUUCCCCUGCAGACUCUAGUUGAAUCUCUUCAAGCCUAUUUAAGGAAUGCAGCUAUGGGACUAGAAGAAGAAACACAUGCUCAUUACAUCGAUGUUGCCAGAAUAUUGCAUGCUCAGUAUGGUGAGUUAAUCCAACCAAGAAAUGGUUCAGUUGAUGAAACACCAAAAAUGUCAGCUGGUCAGAUGCUUUUGGUAGCAUUUGAUGGAAUGUUUGCCCAAGUUGAAACUGCUUUUGGCUUAUUAGUUGAAAAGUUAAAUAAAAUGGAAAUUCCUACAGCUUGGCGAAAGAUUGAUAUCAUAAGGGAAGCCAGGAGUACUCAAGUUAAUUUUUUUGAUGAUGAUAAUCAUCGGCAGGUGUUAGAAGAGAUUUUUUUUCUAAAAAGACUACAGACAAUUAAAGAAUUCUUCAGGCUCUGUGGUACCUUUUCUAAAACAUUGUCAGGAUCAAGUUCACUUGAAGAUCAGAAUACUGUGAAUGGGCCAGUGCAGAUUGUCAAUGUGAAAACCCUUUUUAGAAACUCUUGUUUCAGUGAAGACCAGAUGGCCAAACCUAUCAAGGCAUUCACAGCCGACUUCGUGAGGCAGCUCUUGAUAGGACUGCCAAACCAAGCCCUUGGACUCACGCUGUGCAGUUUUAUCAGUGCUCUAGGUGUAGACAUCAUUGCACAAGUAGAGGCUAAGGACUUUGGCGCUGAAAGCAAAGUUUCCGUGGAUGAUUUGUGUAAGAAAGCAGUGGAGCACAACAUCCAGAUUGGGAAGUUCUCUCAGUUAGUCAUGAACAGGGCAACUGUGUUAGCAAGUUCUUACGACACCGCCUGGAAGAAGCAUGACUUGGUGCGCAGGCUGGAAACCAGUAUUUCUUCUUGUAAGACAAGCCUGCAGCGGGUUCAGCUGCAUAUUGCCAUGUUUCAGUGGCAGCAUGAAGAUCUGCUUAUCAAUAGACCACAAGCCAUGUCUGUCACGCCUCCACCUCGGUCUGCUAUCCUGACGAGCAUGAAAAAGAAACUGCACACUCUGAGCCAAAUUGAAACUUCAAUUGCAACAGUUCAGGAGAAGCUAGCAGCACUUGAAGCAAGUAUUGAGCAGCGACUCAAGUGGGCAGGUGGCGCCAACCCUGCACUGGCACCUGUGCUACAGGAUUUUGAAGCAACAAUAGCUGAAAGAAGAAAUCUUGUGCUUAAAGAGAGCCAAAGAGCAAGUCAGGUCACUUUUCUCUGCAGCAAUAUCAUUCAUUUUGAAAGUUUACGAACAAGAACUGCAGAAGCCUUAAACCUGGAUACUGCAUUGUUUGAACUUAUCAAACGGUGUCAGCAAAUGUGUUCAUUUGCAUCACAGUUUAAUAGUUCAGUUUCGGAGUUAGAGCUUCGUUUAUUACAGAGAGUGGACACCAGUCUUGAGCAUCCUAUUGGCAGCUCUGAAUGGCUUCUGUCAGCACACAAACAAUUGACCCAGGAUAUGUCUACUCAGAGGACAAUUCAGACAGAGAAAGAACAACAGAUAGAAACAGUCUGUGAAACAAUUCAGAAUCUGGUUGAUAAUAUAAAGACUGUGCUCACUGGCCAUAACCGACAGCUUGGAGAUGUCAAACAUCUCCUGAAGGCAAUGGCUAAGGAUGAAGAAGCUGCCUUGGCAGAUGGUGAAGAUGUUCCCUAUGAGAACAGUGUUAGGCAGUUCUUGGGUGAAUAUAAAUCAUGGCAAGACAACAUUCAGACGGUUCUGUUUACAUUAGUCCAGGCUAUGGGUCAGGUUCGAAGUCAGGAACAUGUUGAAAUGCUCCAAGAAAUCACUCCCACCUUGAAAGAACUAAAAUCACAAACUCAGAGUAUCUAUAAUAAUUUGGUGAGUUUUGCAUCACCCUUAGUCACCGAUGCAACAAAUGAAUGUUCAAGUCCAACGUCAUCUGCUCCUUAUCAGCCAUCCUUUGCUGCAGCAGUCCGGAGUAACACUGGCCAGAAGACUCAGCCUGAUGUCAUGUCACAGAAUGCUAAAAAGCUGAUUCAGAAAAACCUUGCUACAUCAGCAGAUACUCCACCAAGCGCUGUUCCGGGAACUGGCAAGAGUGUUGCUUGUAGUCCUAAAAAGGCGGUCAGAGACCCUAAAACUGGGAAAGCUGUGCAGGAGAGAAAUUCAUAUGCAGUGAGUGUGUGGAAGAGGGUGAAAGCUAAGCUAGAGGGCCGAGAUGUGGAUCCCAAUAGGAGAAUGUCAGUUGCUGAACAGGUUGACUAUGUCAUUAAGGAAGCAACUAAUCUAGAUAACUUGGCUCAGCUGUAUGAAGGUUGGACAGCCUGGGUGUGACUGGCAAGAAAGUAGAUGAGUCUGGUUAAGCGAGGUCAGACAUCCACCAGAAUCAACUCAGCCUCAGGCAUCCAAAGCCACACCACAGUCGGUGGUGAUGCAACUGGGGGCUUACCCUGAGGAAACCUAGGAAAUCUCGGUGCGCUAGGAAGUGAAUCCUGCAGGACAGCUGCACUCAGGGAAACGCCCAACACCAUGGCCUGCAACCCCAGGGUCAAGGGUGAAAGAAAGAAAGCUCACCGCCUGAACACGGAGAUUGUCUUUCUGCCUCAGAACAGCUGCAAACGUGUCAGGAGGUUAGCUGCAGAAAGAAAUCGGGAUGCCGCGGAGCACAGAGUGACUUGGAACUCCAUUCCACCUGACCCUGUGUACAAUCCAGGAAAAAACCCCGCUCAGAAACAGAGAAGACUGGGGCCGCGAAGAAAUCACAGCCAAGGAAGAUUUGAUGUGUUCAGAUUCCCGUGUAACACUUGUUGCUUGGCAACAGUACUGGUUAGGUUGACCAGUAAGUGCACAAAGGCUAUGCGAUAUGAAUUUCAGAAAUGGACUGAAAAUGGAGAGCUGUGUAACAGAUACACUACGUUGGAAGAACUUCUGAAAUGAAGGGAAAAAACACCCCCUCCCUCGUUCCCCUCCUCCUCACCAUUUGCCCAUUCUCCUUUACCUAAUCUAGUAGAUUAGCCAUCUUUCAAAUUCACUUUUAUUUCAAUCCUUGUAUUUCAUACACCUCCAUCUCAGUGCUGUUAACAACUUAGAUUUGGAGUGAUAAAACAGAAAUUUCUCCAAAACCACUGGUAAUGUGGAAAAUUCAAGGAUUGUUUAAGGGUCUGAUGAUCACACACAAAAUGUAAUUCUGGUUAUUGAAGUCAUUUCUGUGAUUCUAUCAUGUGCAGUUUCCAGAAUUGUCACUGCAUUCAAAAGUAAUAAAUCUAACAGACAUUUGAUUUAAUGUACACUGCCCUUUGCUUAGAGUGUGCAUUCUUGGAGGUCAUUCAAAUUUUCCCUCUCUGUGAUUGCUGUAGUUUCUUUCAUAGAAAGUAGCUAAUCCAAUGUAAUCUUUUACCUUUUUAAAAACCAGGAUAGAGUACCUAUUAGAGUUUUACAUUGUUGAUGACAGAUUAACAAUAAAGUGAUGUUUUUGGUGGA